GCCCCGGGGCCGGCGGUGCCGGGGUCAUCGGGAUGAUGCGGACGCAGUGUCUGCUGGGGCUGCGCACGUUCGUGGCCUUCGCCGCCAAGCUCUGGAGCUUCUUCAUUUACCUUUUGCGGAGGCAGAUCCGCACGAUAAUUCAGUACCAAACUGUUCGCUAUGAUAUCCUUCCCUUAUCUCCCGUGUCCCGGAAUCGGCUAGGCCAGGUGAAGAGGAAGAUCCUGGUGCUGGAUCUGGAUGAGACACUUAUCCACUCCCAUCACGACGGGGUCCUGAGGCCUACCGUCCGGCCUGGAACGCCUCCCGACUUCAUCCUUAAGGUGGUAAUAGACAAACAUCCCGUCCGGUUUUUUGUACAUAAGAGGCCCCAUGUGGAUUUCUUCUUAGAAGUGGUGAGCCAGUGGUACGAGCUGGUGGUGUUCACAGCAAGCAUGGAGAUUUACGGCUCUGCUGUGGCAGAUAAACUGGACAAUAGCAGAAGCAUUCUCAAGAGGAGAUACUACAGACAGCGUGGCCCUACCCUCCAGCACUGCACUUUGGAACUGGGCAGCUACAUCAAGGACCUCUCCGUGGUCCACAGCGACCUCUCCAGCAUCGUGAUCCUGGAUAACUCCCCAGGGGCCUACCGGAGCCACCCAGACAACGCCAUCCCCAUCAAAUCGUGGUUCAGUGACCCCAGCGACACCGCCCUCCUCAACCUGCUUCCCAUGCUGGACGCCCUCAGGUUCACCGCCGACGUUCGUUCUGUGCUGAGCCGAAACCUUCACCAACACAGGCUCUGGUGACGGCUGCUCCCCCUCCACCUGCGCUGGGGUGGGGGGGAGAGGGAGGGUGAGCUCUCGGGAUGCCGUCUGAUGCCCUGUCCGAUGGUGAGGACUGCCUGGGCAGGACCUGCCCCUCCCGCCCCUCUCUGCCCAGGGAGCCCUGCGCUCCGUGUGGAGUCUGGACAGACACACGGGCCACACUCGCAAGCAGCCUCACUCUGACUUCGAGUUCGCGCUCCCUGGAAACCCCAGACUGGGACAGAAGCGGAGGCCGGGGAGAGCCCGAACUGUCUGGUGGAGAGACCAGACCGGCCAGAAUGAGAGACAGACAUUCGGUAAUCCGGGAGGCUCAAAGAAAAGCCAAGCCAGCUUUGUUGUGAUUUGAUUUUUUAAAAACUCUUGUACAAAACUGA